GCUGCUGACCCGGCUUGUAAACACCGACCUAUCAGUCACGAAGCUAGCUGUAUAGCAUACGGUUUAUAUGUUAUUUUAGCGUUUAUUUAUUUAGUUCAGCAUUUCUAUGUGUGUGGUUCGCUCAUUGUGGAUCAGUUCUAACCAACGGCUGUGACGGAGAAUUCUUACGAGUCUAAACAUGCUGCGCUAGCUUCAUCAGUUAGCCAUGCUAACGUUAGCAGUGCUAAAUAAGCUAUAGCUACCAUUCAUGGCUUUGUCUCAAAAAACUAAAUAUUGUUUAAUAUUUUCUCUGCGUCACCAGAAGCCUUCUGUAGCAGGAUGAUCUCUCAGGUCUUCAUCUUGUCCUCGAAGGGCGACCACCUCAUCUAUAAAGACUUCCGAGGAGAAGCAGGCGGUGACGCCGUCAGUACUUUCUAUGAGAAGGUCACGGCGCUGACCGGAGACCAGCCUCCGGUCGUCAUGAGCCACAAAGAUCUUCACUUCGUCCACGUCAGACAGGGAGGACUGUACUGGGUCGCCACGACUGCAGCCGAGUCGUCGCCGUUCACCAUCAUCGAGUUCCUCAACAGGUUCGCUGCUCUGGUCAAAGACUACUGCGGCAGCCUGUCGGAGAAGUCGGUGCAGAUGAACUUCGCUCUGAUCUACGAGCUGCUGGACGAAGUCGUGGACUACGGCUACAUCCAGACGACCUCCUCCGACGUCCUGAAGAACUUCAUCCAAACCGAAGCCGUUUCCUCGCGGCCGUUCAGCCUCUUCGACCUGAGCAACGUCGGACUGUUUGGAGCAGAGACUCAGCAGAGCAAAGUGGCUCCGAGUUCUGCAGCCACCAGACCGAUCCAGUCGAGCCGGGAGCAGGGAGGGAAGAGCGAGAUAUUCGUGGACGUGAUCGAGAGGAUGUCGGUCGUCAUCGGAUCCAACGGGAUGUUGAUGAAGGCCGACGUCGAGGGAGAGAUCAGAGUUAAAUGCUACCUGCCCAACUGCUCCGAGAUGCGAAUCGGCCUGAAUGAGGAGUUCAGCAUCGGAAAGUCGCAGCUCAGAGGCUACGGAGCUGCUGUUCGCGUCGACGAGUGCAGCUUCCAUCAGGUGGUUCGACUGGACGAGUUCGACAGCCACCGAAUCCUGCGGCUGUGUCCCAGCCAGGGAGAGCAAACGGUGAUGCAGUAUCAGCUGAGCGACGAUCUUCCUUCAGCUCCUCCUUUCCGACUGUUUCCAACCAUCGAGAGAGACAGCGGAGGAAGGAUGAAGGUGAUGAUGAUGAUGUCACUGUUUUGUUUCCGCAGCGUUGCCAUCAACGUGGCCGCCACCGUCCCCGUCCCUAAAGGCUCCGUCAGCUUGUCUCAGGAGCUCAGCAGUCCGGACCAGAGCGCCGAGCUGAAGCCCCAGAGCCGAGCCGUGGUCUGGACCAUCCCCCGAUUCACCGGAGGGACGCAGCUCUCCGCCCUGUUCAAGCUGGAGGUUCCAGGUCUCAGCUCGGCCUCCAUGCUGGAGGUCGGUCCGGUGGGUCUGAGCUUUGAGCUGCCGAAGUUCACGGCCACCGGGCUGCAGAUCCGCUUCCUGCGCCUGUCGCCGGUCCAGCCCGGCCCAUCGCAGCGCUGGGUCCGGUACGUGACGCACUCCGACUCCUACACCAUCCGGAUCUGACCCUGAGAAACGUUGAGUUUGUUUCCUCAAUCAUGUACAUUCUGAAAUCUUGUUCACACGUUGUAAAUAAAAGUCCAUCUGAUCCCUGCA